AUGAAAUUAAUGCAAUUAUUCGGUCUUUUUUUACUGGUUUCGCUUCCAGUUGUUCAUGGAGCCGUUGACAAAAGGCAUUACAUAGUCUACAUGGGACAACACAUGCAUCCGAGCUCAGAGUCUGUCAUCUCGGCUAACCAUGAAAUGCUUGCAUCGGUUCUUGAAAGUCAUAACGUAGCAAAAGAAGCAGCGAUCCACCAUUAUACGAAAAGCUUUAGAGGCUUCUCUGCGAUGCUUACACCUGGUCAAGCAACAAGACUUUCAGAAAAUGAAGCCGUUGUUUCGGUUUUCGAGAGCAAGCUGAAUCGAUUGCAUACAACUAACUCAUGGAGAUUCUUAGGACUGGAUUCCAUUCAGCAAUAUAACAAACUUCCUUCAGAUGUCAAAUCAGAUGCAAUUGUUGGUGUCAUUGAUACUGGCGUCUGGCCGGAGUCCGAAAGCUUUCAUGAUUACGGGCUCGGACCAGUGUCGGCCAAGUUCAACGGAGAAUGUGUAUCGGGUCAGAAUUUCUCAAGAUCUAACUGCAACGGGAAGAUUAUAGGAGCCCGAUACUACUCAAAAGGAUUCGAAGCGGUAAAUGGACCUCUCGAGAACUCCAACGUCACUUUCUUUCGAUCAGCACGAGACAGUCAGGGCCACGGUACUCACACGUCAUCAACAAUAGCCGGAUCGAAGGUCUCCAACGCCAGUCUAUACGGGUUAGGCUCUGGCACGGCAACAGGAGGCGUACCAAAUGCUCGACUUUCCAUCUACAAAGCUUGUUGGUUUGACGAUUGCGAAGAUGCCGACAUUCUCGCAGCUAUGGAUGACGCGAUUCAUGACGGUGUCGACCUCAUCUCUCUAUCUCUUGGUCCACUCCCUCCCCAACCAAUCUAUUUUCAGGAUGCGAUCUCAAUUGGAGCAUUUCACGCGUUUGAGAAAGGUAUUGUCGUAUGUGCGUCGGCUGGGAAUAGUUUUUUGCCACGUACGGCGAGCAAUGUCGCUCCGUGGAUCCUCACAGUCGGUGCUAGCACAAUGGAUCGUGAUUUUCCGUCGUACGUAGUUCUCGGAAAUUUGAAACAAUUGAAGGGUUUUGGUGUAAAUACGACUCCGGAUCAAGGGAAACAAUACGGUUUGAUAACCGGUAGCGUUACUGCAGCUUCAGGAAUCCCCUCUAGAAAUGCAAGGUACUCUAAUGAACUCAGCAAUUGCAAUAAAUCUAACUACGGUCAUAAGCAUAACAAAGACCUCGCAAAAUCGUUACGAUGA